GUUCGUUGACCAAUCAGCGCCGCGCUGCGCCGAAGCUUCCGCCCGGACUGCGGUCCCGCGCCUGUGCGGACCAAUCAGAGCCCGCCCGGUGAGUCACGUGGUUCCGCAGCACCGAUCACAACUUCCGGUGGCGGUGACAAGGAACGGACGGGACCCUCAAAACUGCCCCGGGGCCCUCCCGGUGGCCGCCAUGGCCCUGAUCGAGUUCCGCCGUGCCCGGGAGCCCGCGGGCCGCUGGAAGGACGGGCAGCUGCAACCGGAGCCGCCGCCGCCGCCGCCUCCCGAGGCCUCCGCGGCCUCCGCCGAUCCCGGUGCCGCAGCUCGGAGCUUCUACGAGAGCUUAUUCACCGAGAGCGGCGGCGCGGAGCCCGCCUCGGAGCCGCCCAGCCCCGCCCACUUCUGCCGCAGCUGCGGGGCCUCGUUCCGUGACUCCCCCGCCCGGCACCGCCGCUCCACCGCGCACCUGCUGGGCCUGCCCGCCGCCCCCGGUUCCGGUUCCGGUUGGGUUCCCGGUCCCGGUUCCGGUUCCGGCGCCUGCUCCGGGCCCGGGUACCGGCUGCUGCUGCGGGCGGGCUGGGCCGGCGGCGGGCUGGGCCCGGCGGGGCGGGGGCGGCUCCUCCCGGUGCCCACGGAGCUCAAACGGGACCGGGCCGGGCUGGGCUGGGCGCGGGGCCGGCACCGGAACCGGGCCCGGAUCUCGCACUUCGGGCCCGGCGACACCGCGGCCGUGGCGGGGCCGAACCGGAAACAGAACCGGGCCCGGUUCGGUUCUGAGGCGGGGCCGGACCGGGGGCAGCACCGGGAGCGGGACCGGGCCCGGUUCGGUACCGAGGAGGCGGAACGGGGAUGGGAGAUCUGGAUGAGGCGGGAAUGGGAACGGGAGGAGGCACCGGAGAAUCCCCUCAGGCACCUGAGGGAGCACCGGGACCACCGGGACCCCCAAAAUCCCGCCCGGGACCCCUUCAGAGACAUCGGGACCCCCCCGAGACCACCGGGACCCCCCUGAGAGGGCCCCGGGACCCCCAAAACCCCUCCUGAGACCCCCCUGAGGCACCUGAGAGGGCCCCGGGACCCCCCCCGGGCGGUUUUUGGACUCUCCCGGAUUUUUGGGGC